AUGCCCGCCGACGACCAUCAGCUCCCCGUCCCCACGAUGGCGGCCUCGUUGCCACGCGAGGCGCAGCUGGUCGAAGCCAAGGCCGCCUCCGCCGCUGCCACCGACGACGACGGCGACGGGGAGAAGGAGGCGAUCGCGCGGGCCGCGCGGGAGGUGGAGGAGGGCGGGAUGGAGGCGCUCAAGCGUACGAUCGGGGCCGAGAUCCUGGAGCUGCUCCUGCAGGGCGAGGAGCAGUGGAAGAAGGAGCGCGAGCGCGAGCGCGAGCUCGACCGGGUGCGCCAAUCGGAAGAGCGCAGCCGCGCGGCCCAGGCCCAGGAAGCAGCCGCGGUCAUCCGGCGCGACCAGGAAGACGGCCAGGCAGCGGGGGAGAUGGAAAGCGAACACAAAGCGCCGUCGCACUCGCGCACGAGAACAACGACCACCCGCAAGAACACGACGACGACGACGAAGGGCACGAGGAGGAAGAGGAGCUGGUUCGUGCGAACGCCCGAAGACGACCAGGCAGAGACGGAGGCGGCGGCGGAAGAAGGCGGGGAAGAGGGCAACUCGAAGACAGAGCCAUCAACUCCUCUCUCGGGCCACGCGCGUGCGAUUGCUGACGAUGAUGCCGCUCCCCAGCGAAUUGCCUCAGCCGUGGCGACCACCGCCGCGGCGAGCAGGCGAAGCAGCAGCAGCAGCAGCAGCACGAGUCACGAGGCGAAGCGGGUCGUCCCACAGCCGCGUAGCGAAGAGGUCGAGGAGGACAGCGAGUGGGAGAUCAUCGACAACGACGAUGCUGACGAUGCGCAUCAUCUUCAUCGCGAUGAUCAUGACGACUUCACCAGCAUCAUCGCACCCGGGCGGCGCAGCCGUAGCCGUACCCGCACCGACGGCGAGGAGGAGGAGGACCAGGACGACGACGACGACGUGGAAAUCAUAUUCGAAAACGAACGAGAGAGACCCGAGCGCGACGAAGCGUACGACGUGGAGAAGAAGGCGAAGAGCGCGCGUGCUGUCAACGAGAACGAAGAAGAAGAAGAAGAGGAAGAAGACGACGACGACGUCGAGAUCGUGGAUGAAACGGAGGGCGGAAGAAGGGAGCGAACCGGCUCGGCCUUCGCAGUCCUGUCCACGUCCGGGAGCGCCUCCGACCUCGACAUCUCCUUCACCUUGCUCGACGCCCACCGCCCCCACGGGGGCGACGUUGGCGAGACCCAGGGCGGGUCUGCGCCCCUCGAGGUCACAGUCACCCGCACCAACUGGCUCUACAGACGGGAGAGCAGGCUGUACCGCUUCGCCGCGGAGGAGCUGCUGCGCCUCGAACCGGACACGCAAGCCCGCAAGGAGGCGUUCCGGUACGACGAGAUGGCGCAGAUCCUUCUCUACGGCUCGUUCAACAUGGUCAUCAGGUUCGUCGAAGCAAGCGACCGCCAGGUCCAUUACAUCGAUGGCGAGGGCGUGGAGCGCGUCGCGCACCUGCUGUGUCUGCACAACCCCGAUAUCGCCCUCACACGCCAGUAG